AUGGAUUCUCUUACUACCCAUCCUUCUACUGCGCAACAGGCAAAGGCAUUCACGUCCCCAGCGUCCUUGUCCUUCCCAGGAGGUGCCGGCGACCUCACCCCACCUUCCUCCGAAAAAGAGCCAAAUGGGAUGACCAAUGGCCAGGCGGGUGGACAACAGGGCGCAAACGGUGCUUCUCCCGCCACCCCUGCUGCCACCCCGGGAGCUGGACCUGGCGUGAGCGGCCUUUUACCAACGUUGCAAAUGCUGAAAGCAAUGCUUUUCUCAAGAAACAUUGUCGCCACGGUCAAUCUAGACUGUCGCCUGGACUUGAAGACCAUCGCGCUGCAUGCGCGAAACGCAGAGUACAACCCAAAGCGUUUUGCUGCCGUUAUCAUGCGUAUUCGCGAGCCGAAGACUACUGCGUUGAUCUUUGCCUCUGGCAAGAUGGUCGUUACCGGAGCGAAAAACUCGGGUUUCAAUGCCAAGUUCACUGAUUUCAAGAUCCAAAACAUUGUUGGGUCCUGCGAUAUCAAGUUCUCCAUCCGUUUGGAAGGUCUUGCCAGUCGCCAUCACAACUUCAGCUCGUACGAGCCUGAGCUGUUCCCUGGCCUGAUCUAUCGUAUGAUGAAACCCAAAAUCGUACUUCUUAUUUUUGUCAGCGGGAAGAUCGUCUUGACAGGCGCUAAGGUCCGAGAGGAAAUUUAUCAAGCCUUCGAAAUGAUCUAUCCCGUCCUGACAGGUAAACUCUCACUGAGCGUCGUUUGGACUUCUUGA